GCGCUCUAUUUCACGUAGAUCAUGAGCUAUCACUCGUGAUGGGUCUUGAGGAAAGCAAAAUUGGUCAAACAAACAAAGCUAACUGUAAUGCACCAAAUUUGUGUUUCUUUGCACCUGUUUCACCUGGAAGGAUAAUUCACCAAUGCACUCUGGAGUUGUGGAAAAAAUCUCACCGGGAACUUUUCAACUUUUCAGACAAGGUGAUGGUGUGUACCUAUCAAUUGCCUCAUGAUUGCACAUCGGCAUUCUGUCUCACUAGGCAAAAUAUUGUAAAUUUCCGAAAAUCGUGUUCUGUUUUCUCACUGAGAAAGCGAAGAGAAUAUACUAAAAUGGCUGAGCAUUUCGAGUAUAAUCACAUACCUGCUCAUUUAUCAUCCAUACAGAAUUUACACUUCAAAUCGGUGUUAGACAUUCACAGUGGAUUGGCAGUUGUCCAUUUGGCACGAGAUAUGAUAACUCAGUUUGCGUUAGUUGACUUGAGAAUUAAUAAAUUUCUUGGUUCUUUUGGUCGGCAAACGGUUCUCUUUAGUCCUGAAUCAACUAUAGGAAAAAUAUCACCCGAUGGAACUUAUUGUCUUAUCAGACUUCCUUGGUCGAGAAAUAGGAGAGUUUACAUACUCAAGCUGUACAACUUACGAAAUAGUGAACUUAUUUCUGAACUUCCAUUAGCUAAUUCUUCGAAUUACGAUGAAUUGCCAUUAAACAGUUCCCGUCUGCCAUUAGGCCCAUAUCAAGAAAAUAAUAGAGAGUCAAAUAUUCGACCGUCGUACGAUAUUUUAUCAACAUCCAACUCAGUAACUGCAAACUUUAGGGGGAAUGUACAAAAUGAGAAUCAACUUCAACUAGGUCCAGCUCGUUCUUCUCAGGUGUUGUUUGCUUUUGAUCCACGAUUUGUAAAUUCACGCAUAGCAAUAACUAACGUGGACUUUCCACAUGGACUAAACUCUCACAAAGUGUCAACCAACUGGGUCCCCGGAAUACAGGCUACUAUAAGUUUGGUAAAACUUCCGACAUGGGAGUGUUUAACAUCAACUAACAAACUAUGUUCUUGGUCUCCUUCAAAUCGUCACGGUUCACCUUUUAUAAACAAUGCUACGUGUAGAGAACCAACAAGACGAAGACGAUCAUCAGAUGCUAACCAUGUAGGUGGCUUACCCAGUCCGAACUCAUUCAGUCAUGUUUUUCCACAUAUUAUGAGCAUAUUUUAUUCAAGAGAUGGCUAUUUUUUAUUUACAAUCACCACAGAGUCUCGAACCUGUCGAUGUUCUGCCAUUAGUAAUAUUAACCAUUCUGUGAACUCUUUAUUACCAGAUGUAUCUGGUUACUCAGAUGAUAUUUGCAAUCCCUUAAGUUCAGGUCGAUCGACAAACAACGGAACUGAAAGUGGUCGAACCCAGCAAAAGAUCUUGGUUUCAACACAGUGUAUUGAAUCAAAUACACGUUACAAUUCAAAAAAUAAUAGUACAUCCCCAAUGUUGGCUCCCACACUGCCUGGUUGCACCACUUUAUGGCUUACUAUUUUCAAUUCCGAUACAUUAGAAAGGUUAAGAAUUUUGAGAUUUGAUCGAUCAGUAUGCCCAAUUCACACAUGUCCUACCAAUUACCUACCGGUAAUGAGCCGUUGUGGAUCAAGGAUAGCUUUAAUUACACGACAAGCAGUGGGAUAUUAUAAUAGUACUAGUAAUCAGAACGCUAGUAAUAAUUCACGUGAAUACUUGUUUUCCAGCUGUAAGACACUUCCUGUAUCUUUAAGGCACUCCGUACCAUCUAUAAGUGUAGAAGGCUGUUCCAAUUCGCAAUGGGUGAAUAACAAAGGCGCUAGCCAAGAAACCAGCAAAGAAACUUCUACAAAACGCGUAAGUUCACUAUUCUUGUUUGGUUACUAUUGUUGUUAUUUCCACAUUUUCACUAAUAAGUAUAUACAUUUAUCAUCUGAGUCUCACAACUGCAGCAUCCUAUACGAAGUGUAACUACUUUGUAGUGACAUAAGAUCUAUGUGUAAAAUGAUUUCUUCGUAUUUCUGAAGUAUAAUUUUAUAAACUGUUUGCAAUUAUGUAUCUACUUUAUUAGUCUAUACUUUAUGCUCCAAAAUUUUCUAUAGUGGUUGGUUUUUAUUAAUUUGCUUGAAUAAUAUUUUGUUUUUAAUCUAACAUUGCAAUUAUUUGUAAAAUAUAUAAACUCAUUUCUUCACCGUUUUGAAUUUCUUGGAUGACCCAUAACGGACUUUCUACCUGCGUUAUUUGUUGUAUCAUUAAACUAGUUUUCAUGUAAAAAAUACUGUGGUAAGCAUCUUUCACUCCAGUACAUUUUGUUUUUCUGUGCACCCAGGUAGAAGUAAUCAGCAUUAACACUAGUUCAUUUACAUAGAGAGUUCCCACUUAGGCCUCAGGCAAUACUCAUGAUUAGUAACUGUGGAUGUUAAAUGACAUAGCUCAUAAGUAAUGACAGGGAGGAAGUAGCACUCGUGCCCUAUCUUGGAUUUUCAUUCUUUCGUCUCAUUUUUUUCGAACUGUAUGUAUGAUUAAAUUUAAUUCAUACCAUUCUCAUUUAUCGUUAUUCUGUGUUCCAUUGCGCAACUUCAUAAUUACUUAGUUUUAACCUUACAGUCUUUUACUAUUAUCAUGAUCGGAGUUCUAGAAUAGUUGUAACAUUUCACUCGUCCUUUUCAACUCUAUUUGAAUAUUUACUAUAACAUACUGAUAUGUUCUUACAUCGAAUUCCAACCAACUUAAUUUCUAUAAACAUGGUAGACUUUAUCGAAAAUUUUAAUUUCAGGUUGUAAGUUGAAUGGGAACCGAAAUGAAGUAAAAUGAGUUCGUGUCAUUCCACUGCUCGAAUUUGUGCUGUUAUUCUUCUUAAACUGAUCAAAACAGACUGUAUAUGAAAUAUUCUUGGUGGUUUCUUGUAGUUUUUAACUUGAUAAACAUAUUCACAAUAAAUUAAAUUUUAUUUAUGUGAUUUUCAUGAAUAAAAUUAAACCAGAUUUGUCUAUUGGGCAUUAUUGUUAUCUGUGCUAGUUGUAGUAUUGCAGAUUAAUUCAGUAUGAAAGAAUAUUGUUUCUGAUAAAUGGUAAUUAUUUAAUUAGAGAAUAAAUUAAUUGUAUUCUGAAUUGAAGCUUAUAUUUGAGAGGUAGAUAAGUAACUGACUUCUACUUUAGCUGUUUUCGGUUAUUCUGUCUUGGAAAAUAUUACUUUGUUGGGCUAUGUUACACCCCCCUCCAAGAAAACAAGUUAGUAACUGCUUAUUUUGUUACUUUUUAAGUUUCAAUAUUCCUUUUUCUCACAUCCUUUUUCGUCUACCAUGACCAAAUUGAGCUGUUUUCUUCUGUCCGUGAGUCUUUCAGUGUGUUAAAUCCUUGCCCUUUCUCCGAUAUCUUUGUAAGCUCAUUUAUAUACAUGUACUAUUUGCUUAAACCAAUCUUCUUUGAUCUCCAUCGGUAAAUCUUGCUUCAAGGAUUUUUUUUGCAGUAAUUGGGACUAGAACGGAAAGCAGUUGUGGUAUCCAGGUAUUAAUAUGCAUAUAGGAGUUAUUGUUGUAUUUUCAAGACAUGAUAUUUUAACUUUUUUUACAUAACUACUUUAUUAUUCACAUAGAAACCCAUCUUUUUGUACUAUUUUAGACUGAAUUCAAAAAGCAACAACCGUUUAUAUCUCCAACCUGUUUACUUAUUCAACCACGAAACCUUAAUUUGAGUCAUCACCUAUCUACUUCAUUACCAUCUCCAUUAUCAAAAGUUCACUUGUCUUCCGGAAGUUCACCAUUUCGACAAAUGACUGGCUGUUCAAGUUUAGAGUUAAGCGUUUCUUCCUAUCGUCCAAUGGCUGUUUCCUUUGAAUCUUCCUUUAUUGGAACUCAGUGUAAUUCCUCAGGCAGUUGUACUACCACAGUAUCCACAUGUACCAGUAAUAGUAGUGGUGUUAUUGGUACUUCUGCUGGUACUUCAGUGAUAAAUCCAACGGUACAAAUUGAUGUGCUUCUGGUUUAUCAACUACCUCCGCCACCAAAACUACAAGCAUUAGUGAGACAACGAAUUCGUCAAGUAAGAAAACACUUCAGAUCUUUCUUGCUAUAUUUAGUUCAUUAUAUCCGUUUCAGUUCGAACAUAAAUUACCCUGAAUAUUAUAACUAUACUUAGUACCCUCUCGAGUGAAUAUUUAUCAUAUGAAGUGGAUAUAUGGGAAUAUGGUUAUUUAGCUUUUAAUCGUUUAUAAGUGUAAGUGAAUUAACGAACUGUUAUGUUUGAAGCUUAACGAGUUGACUUAGAUUUGUGAACGAGAACGAAAUUCGAUGACCAAUGACCAGUGAGCUAGCUAUUGCUGCGCCCCAGCCCCGCUAUCUAAAGGGAGAAGUCCAAGCUUGAAAUAAGAAGUGUAUUCUGCAGCAACCGGAGAAAAGAGCGAAGUCUCUUUAGUAGAAAAUAUACUCGUUUAUAUAUUGAUUGUACACCCGUUUUGAUUAAUAAUUAGAAUAAAAUCACAUACAUGAAAAAUACUCAUAGUGAUAACAAAUUAUAUGCUGAGUAUAGUUCAUAGUCAAUGGAAUACAAGAAUAUUGUAUAUUAUACAGAAUAAAUAUCAUACGAGAAAAGAAAAGAAAUAUUACAUUGCAUAAUCAUUACAUUGAAUCAAAAGAAUGUAAUGAUGAAUAAAACUCAUAUUAAGUAAAUCAAUCGAAUAUUGAUUUUUCCUCCCAUCAUAUCACGAACUGAUUAUUAUUCCUAAUAAAAAAUGCUGGUGUAUGACUGAUCUACCUCAACGUCUAGACUAAUGUUUGGAUCGUGGAUGCGCACUGCUGAGGAGUCCCACAAUAGGACGAAACGGCCGUCUAGUGCUUCCAGGUCUUCAAUGGUAGUCUAACAUCAAUCGGUUCAUGAUCUCGAUCAAAAACUUGACAAUCUCCACAACACCUAAAUUGAUAUUUUCAUGUGAUGAAUUAGUUCAUAUCUUUUCUGUCAGCUUAUUUGGCUUUUGUGCAGUGGAGAGUUUGAUUGCUUUCAGAUUCAUUCAUGAUAUAUUGGUGUGUAUGUGAAUGUAGUAUUUCUUAUUUUUUAGCUCUGCAAAGAUGAAUACCUUGAACAGUUAGAUCUUCCACGUAGAAUUAUUAGCUAUUUACAAUUUGAACCAUCGUACAAUUGUGCUGGCUCAUGUAUUUCUCGAUCGAACAGUUCUACCAGAACAGUACGAAGUGAUAGUUUUGACCUGUGAUACAGAUUUAUCCGCAUAUAUUUACAUUUAUGUAUCUAAUUUAUUUCUUACUAUUUUGUCCAGUUAUUUUUAUUUAUAAGUAACAUUUAAUUCUUAAUUGUCAUCCAUAAUUUACUGAAAUUUUACAGCCUUUUAUUUUUAUUGUUAAAAUUGUCAUUCUGUGUAUAUUGUGAAUUAUGUGUUGAUAUUUACAGAUUGAUAAUUUAUAUCUUGUUAUUUAAUAGGUGCAAUUAAGUAAAUUCCAGCAUUGAUUUUUGUAAUUUGACUCAUCCGAUUUCUUGAUAUUCAUAUUUAUCCUUAGCAUUUUGUAGGAUUGACUUUUCCAUCAAUAGAUAGAUGGUGCUCUGAACUUAUUGAGAAUACAACAAGAGAGUACAAAUUGUAUUAUUAUUAUUGCUAAUAUUAAUAUGACUUAAAAGAAAGCAUCUUUAGUGUUUUAUACUAAACUCCACAAAACAAUAAACUAAAGUUUUUCUUAAAGAAUUUGUAAUUUAACAGUUUGACAUAAUAUAAUUAUUGGUUCUUCAUAUAUAUAUAUAUAUAUAUAUAUAUAUAUAUAUAUAUAUAUAUAUAUAUAUAUAUAUAUAUCUGUAUGUAUACAACACAAUUAUACUGUGCUACAUCUUGUCAUAUAAUUCUUUAAUGUGAUUUCGUCAUAUUUUUGUGCUUUCCUUGUUGAUCUAAACAAAAGCUUAUGUUAUGCAAUAGCAUCCAAGAACUUCAGCAAAACAAUCUGAUGUAUAUAUAUAUAUAUAUAUAUAUAUAUAUAUAUAUAUAUAUAUAUAUAUA